CGGGUGGGAGCCAGGUGAAUGUACGGCUCCCAGCAGCCGAGGGGGGGCGGGCGGCAGGAGGAGGCAGAGGGCGGCGGAGGAGGAGCCCCCCAGCAGCAAGCGGCGAGCAACUGACCGCGGCCUUCUGACCAGGACCGGAGCAGGGCCCCAAGCCCCCGGGCCUGGCGGGGGACACGCUUCUCCCCACACCCGGUGCCUCAGCAGCUCCAGCAAGCGGACCCGAAGGUCGAGAGGAGAAGAUGGGGAGCUCCGAAGAUGACCUAAUUGGGAUUCCUUUCCCGGACCACAGCAGUGAGCUCCUGAGCUGCCUCAACGAGCAGCGCCAACUGGGCCACCUAUGCGACCUCACCAUCCGGACACAGGGCCUGGAAUACCGCACCCACAGGGCUGUGCUGGCUGCCUGCAGCCACUACUUCAAGAAGCUUUUCACUGAGGGCGGUGGUGGGACAGUCAUGGGGUCUGGGGGUGGUGGGACAGCUGCUGGGGCAGUAGGGACCGGUGUGUGUGAGCUGGACUUUGUAGGGCCAGAAGCACUGGGUGCCCUGCUCGAAUUUGCAUAUACAGCUACGCUGACCACCAGCAGCGCCAACAUGCCGGCUGUGCUUCAGGCAGCCCGGCUGCUGGAAAUCCCUUGUGUCAUCGCUGCUUGCAUGGAGAUUCUGCAGGGCAGUGGGUUAGAAGCUCCCAGCCCAGAUGAGGACGACUGUGAGCGAGCCCGUCAGUACCUGGAGGCCUUCGCCACAGCCACGGCCUCAGCCUCUGGAGUUCCCAAUGGUGAAGACAGCCCUCCGCAGGUGCCUCUUCCACCACCACCACCACCUCCGCCUCGGCCUGUUGCCCGCCGCAGCCGCAAGCCCCGAAAAGCUUUCCUGCAAACGAAGGGGGCCCGGGCAAACCACCUAGUACCUGAGGUGCCCACAGUGCCUACCCAUCCCUUGACCUACGAAGAGGAGGAGGUGACAGGCAGAGUGGGCAGCAGUGGGGGCAGUGGUCUGGGGGACAAUUACAGCCCUCCCACAGGGAAUGCCUCACCCCCUGAAGGGUCCCUGAGCUACGAGGCCUACGAGGGUGAGGAAGAAGAGGAGGAGCUGGUAUAUCCCCCGGCCUAUGGGAUGGCACAGGGUAGUGGGCCCCCGUUGUCCCCAGAGGAGCUGGGCUCAGACGAGGAUGCCAUCGAUCCUGACCUGAUGGCCUACCUAAGCUCCCUGCACCAAGAUGCCCUGGCCCCAGGCCUGGACGGCCAAGACAAGUUAGUGCGCAAACGCCGUUCCCAGAUGCCUCAGGAGUGCCCAGUCUGCCACAAGAUCAUCCAUGGGGCAGGCAAACUGCCACGCCACAUGAGGACCCAUACAGGCGAGAAACCCUUCGCCUGUGAAGUUUGCGGCGUCCGCUUCACCCGGAACGACAAGCUGAAGAUCCACAUGCGGAAGCACACAGGAGAGCGCCCCUACUCGUGCCCGCACUGCCCAGCCCGCUUCCUGCACAGCUACGACCUCAAGAACCACAUGCACCUGCAUACAGGGGACCGGCCCUAUGAGUGCCACCUGUGCCACAAGGCUUUUGCCAAGGAGGACCACCUGCAGCGCCACCUCAAGGGCCAGAACUGCCUGGAGGUGCGCACCCGGCGGCGUCGCAAGGACGAUGCACCACCCCACUAUCCACCACCUUCCACCACUGCCCCAUCCCCCGCUGGUCUAGACCUCUCCAAUGGCCACCUGGACACCUUCCGCCUCUCCCUGGCUCGAUUCUGGGAGCAGUCAGCCCCCACUGGGCCCCCGGUCUCUACCCCGGGGCCCCCUGAUGAUGAUGAGGAGGAAGGGGCACCCACCACACCCCAGGCUGAAGGUGCCAUGGAGUCCUCUUAAAGAGGGACGAGUGGCCAGGCUGGAGCAGCACAAGGCCAGGGACACCCAUGCCAAGCAGUGGGAACAUGCAGGACAGAGCUGGGGUCAUGGGCACUAAACCUUGCUGGCAUGAGAAUCAGCCCCUUCCCCCUGAGCCCUCAUUCCAAUUCCAAGCUGAGAAGGUUUUGGGGCAGAGGCUCCCCAGAUUGGGGUGAUUCCCCCAAGGAGUGAUACAUACAAUAUUAUGUGUAUAUUUACAGUUCUAUUGUAAAGGUGGGGUCCCUGUCCCCGGCUGCUCCUGGGGAGUAGAAGCAAUAAUGUAUUUCUGAUUUGUGGGGUCCCACUUCGGCUAUGCGGGUUUCUAGGGAGUGGGGGCUUUGGACCAAAGCCUUGCCCCGCCCCAUUCCUCCUGGAGGUUUUGGCUGUGUAAGGGGGUGAAGGACUGCCCCUCCCUUCCGAGACCCCUCCUUCCUGGUUUCUGUUCCCUUUUCCUGGCAGUGAAUUAUGCAAAGGGGGGCGGCAAAGAAAGGGUAGGUGGGGGAAAGCAGGUUGGAAGCUUGAAAGACUGGGGGGACUGGGCCUGUAAGGAAGGAGCCAUCCCAGUACCCCUCCGCCCUGCUCCCAGCGCUGAGUCAUGGGGUCCUGAUGAAGGGGGCGGGGUGGCCUGAUUGGCUCGCCCGCCCCUGGGGGCAGCGGGAGGGGCCCCGCCCAAGCUAGGGGAGCCGCUCCUCUCCCUGUCCCUCCCCUCCCGCGUCCCCGGGCAGGGAAUGUCUUGUUCCCGCCGCUCCCUCCUCGGGGCCAGAGGGCAGGGCGGGCCGGGCUGCGUCCUACCCUCUUCUCCUCCCCACCUCCUCCACGCCCAGGUGCGAGCCGGAGCCGCCGCCACUGCUGCCGCCCCUGACUCACGCCGCCCCCGGGCUGGCGCGGCUGUGGGUGUGGGACCGGGUGAGGGGUUGGGGGGAUCCUUGCGGAGAGCGGGCGAGCGGGCGCCAUCUGGCGGCCGUGCCCUACGCGGGCGAGCGCCCCCGGCGGCCACUUCGAGCGAGCCGUCUUCACGAACCUCAACCACCCCUGCCCGCGCAGCCAGUGAGCGGACGCCCCCUUGCCAAGGCUGUGAGCGAAUAACUUGUGGCUUGGCCGCUAGGAAAGUGGGCUGUGGACCUGUGGGAAAGAGAUCUCUUUCCCAAAUCCUUGCCAGCCGGGCUUCCUGUUGGGCAGGGGAGAAUAAUCCCCUCACUCUUCUCUUAGGAUUGAAUCCACCCCCAUUCUGUACAUAGCCACAUAUGUUGGUCUUGUUGAAAUCUAGUUUCAGAUUUUUAACUACCCAAUUCUGCUGGGGGUGGGGGUUACCUUCCCCCACUUCCUCGCCGGGUGCUGGACCCCGAUGCGGCCUGGGCUCUGCCUUGCACUAUUUACCCUCCCUGGCCUGGCGGCCCCUCCCCCUCCUUAAAAGGGGCAGGUUCAGGGGCCCGGUGCUCUCCCUCCCUUCCAUGCACCCCUAUGCCCAUUUGCACAGCUGCCCAGGUACCCCCAACAGUGGGGAGGGGUCACAGGGAGGGGGUAGUGGGACCAGUCCCUGUAUCUAUUUAAAAAGUGAUGAUGUAAUAUAUUGGGGUUGGGGGGAGGUCGGGUUACCCUGGGCCUCAUCUUAGCAUUUCAGGUGAUGGGGGGAGCCGGGGACUGGGGAGACCUGGGGCCUAGCCCCAGAGAGUGGGGUCAAAGUGGCCUCCCCUCUCCCUACUUGCGGCUUUCCCAGUCAGUGCCUUAGAGGGGGAGGCGUUUUUCCCCCUCUCCUGUUCCCUCCCCCCACCCCUGCUCCUCCACCUCGGGUGUAAGCGACAGGAAGAAAUAAUAAUAAUUUAAGAUUCACA